ACCACGUGAUGCGGAAGCAUUUCCCAAUAUGUUGUCAAUUUUUAUACCUUAUAUAUGAUAUAAAAGAGAAUAUAACGCGCCUCGACUGUGCCUUUACUAAAAAUAUAUAUAUAUGUAUAAUUGUGCCAAUUUAAAAUAAUUGUUGCGCAUUAUAAGACCAAACCAGCCGUCACGAACGUCCGGAAUUAACGGGUAGUAUGUGGCAGCGGCUAAUUCUGCUAGCUUGUUCAGGUGUAGCUGUUAGAAGAUGCCUCUGAAAAUAAGGAAGGAACACAUUUGGUAGGUGUUGACAGCUGACAAACCCGACCUGCCAACCGGCGAGGGUGGCUUUUAUUUACCUGCUGCUCAGGUAGUUUUUAAGCCGGAAAAAAGGGUGGGGGCGGAGUCAAGGCCUCACACAGGGGAUAGGAGAGAUGCCUUUGGAGGGCGGAAGCAGCAGUGGCUCAGCUUCAGCCGCACGUCACCCCAAGCAGAAGCGUAAGGCACACAGUUUGUCCAUCCGGCGCACCAACAGCACAGAGGAGAGGCCACCUGGCAUCCUGAGAGGAGAAAUGCUGGAGGGACAGGACUCCAAGCUGCCUCUUGCUGUGCGGAACAACCUCCUUGACCUGUUUGGCCAGAUCGAACGGGAGUUUGAGAAUCUGUACCUGGAGAACCUUGAAUUGCGCCGGGAAAUUGACUCCCUCAACGAUCGGCUGACUGGAGAUGGGCAGGCGAUCGAGGGGGGAGACCCCACCAAGGGAGCCCUAAAAGCAAAAGCCAGCCACAGCACCAGUCAGCUGUCACAGAAGCUGAAGACGACCUACAAAGCCUCCACCAGCAAGAUAGUCUCCAGUUUUAAGGCCACCUCAGGGUCCCGCGCUCUGUGCCAGCUGCUCAAGGAGUACAUCGGCCAUCGGGACGGCAUCUGGGACCUCGGUGUCACCCGGACACAGCCGGUGGUGCUUGGCACCGCCUCUGCUGAUCACUCCGCUCUGCUGUGGAGUAUAGAGACUGGGAAAUGUCUGCUGAGGUACGCUGGCCAUGCAGGAUCAGUCAACUCCAUCAAAUUUCACCCCACUGAGCAGAUGGCGCUCACAGCCUCCGGAGACCAGACGGCUCACAUCUGGCGCUACAUGGUGCAGCUCCCGGCCCCGCAGCCUCCGCCAGAUGUCAGCGCUCCGUGUGAUGACGACCAGGACUCGUCCGACAGAGAGGAGGGGGAGGUGGAUGGAGACGGCCCCUCUGAGGUCCCCACCGUCCGAGUUGCUACAGCAACCCUGAAAAGCCACCAAGGUGUGGUGAUCGCAGCCGACUGGCUGGUUGGAGGCCGGCAGGUGGUGACCGCUUCCUGGGAUCGAGCCGCCAACCUGUACGAGGUUGAGACGUCUGAGCUGGUUCACACUCUGACCGGCCACGACCAGGAGCUGACCCACUGCUGCACCCACCCAACUCAGCGAUUGGUGGUCACUUCAUCCAGGGACACCACCUUCAGACUGUGGGACUUCAGGGAUCCGUCCAUUCACUCCGUCAACGUCUUCCAGGGACACACCGACACGGUGACGUCUGCCGUCUUCACUGUGGGGGACAACGUCGUCUCUGGAAGCGACGACCGGACGGUGAAGGUGUGGGAUCUGAAGAACAUGAGGUCGCCAAUAACGACAAUCCGCACCGACUCGGCUGUCAACAGGAUAAGCGUCUCGGCCAACCAGAGGAUCAUCGCUCUGCCGCACGACAACCGCCAAGUCCGCCUCUUUGACAUGAGUGGAUUGAGGCUGGUCAGACUUCCGCGCAGCAACCGGAUGGGCCACAGGCGGAUGGUGUGCUGCACGGCGUGGAACGAGGAGAACCAGGCGUGCAACCUGUUCACCUGCGGCUUCGACCGGCAGGCCAUCGGCUGGAACAUCAACAUCCCCGCCCUGCUGCAGGAGAAGUGAUCGGACCCAUCCGCACGUUCUAAACCCUGCGGCCUCAGACACACCAACACAGUCGUCCUGCGACCCACAUUUCAAGGGGGUUAAAACUCACCGUUACUGCAGCUGGUGCGCGUGAGGCCGUAAAUCCGACCUUGUCAUCCGGACUCCCUCUAUGUUAGCAUGGACUGUGAUUUGUGCCAAUUUUUGUGUGGAAAUACACGUUUGACCCCGCUGCAUCCUUCACUGUUGUUCAGUUACUGCCAAACCGCUCCUCCUGCAUGCAGAUAACCUCAGUUUGCGAACGUCGCUCCAAAAGCAGGUGGAGAAAUCCUUCACAGUGCAGCACAGUGUGUAUGACGUGUGUGUAUAUGAUGACGUGGC